AUGUCAUGCGUCGCGCAAAAGUGUGAUGGCGACAUGUGCUUGCGGGAUGAAAAUGUUGUUUUGUGCGACCGAAAAGUGGUUUUUCGCGACGGUAGUUUGUGCAACGAAAUCAAGGGUUCGUCGUGCAAAGUCCUUCUUCUUCAUAUUAGAAUUCUGCCAUUGCAGAGGCAAAAUGCAAAAAAAAUAGCAUUCUGCCUCUCUCUCAACCUCUCUGCCGCUGCUUCUGUGGGAAUUCAGUACAUUCAUUGGGGAUAUUUGUAA